CGACGAAACAAGCAAGCAUGGCGUCGUCGAAACUUCGCGUGGGGUUUAUCGGCAUUGGCAUCAUGGGAAAGAGCAUGGCAGGACAUAUCCUUGACGCAGGAUACUUUGUGACAGUGUACAGCCGCACCGCAAGCAAGUGCGACGACCUUGUGGCUCGAGGCGCCAAGUUGGCGCUCUCGCCUGCCGAGGCCGCGAAAGAUGCGGAUGUCGUGUUUACGAUUGUCGGGUACCCAUCGGAUGUCCGCGAGGUGAUUCUCGGAUCCAACGGCGUACUCUCCACGCUUAAAUCUGGCGGGAUUGUCGUCGACAUGACGACGAGCGAACCCUCGUUGGCCAAGGAAAUCUACAACACGGCUAUCCUUCAAGGCGUAUCUUCCAUCGACGCGCCCGUGUCGGGUGGCGAUGUCGGCGCCAAGGAAGCCCGCCUGUCCAUCAUGAUUGGCGGCGACGCGGCGGCGAUUGCCACUGUACAGCCCUUGUUUCAAGUAAUGGGCAAGAACAUCCGACACAUGGGCGGGGCCGGCGCCGGUCAACACACCAAGAUGGUCAACCAGAUCCUGAUUGCGACCAACAUGAUUGGGGUCGUGGAAGGCUUGUUGUAUGCGUACAAGAGCGGGUUGGACCUGAACGAAGCCAUCGCGGCCGUCGGCGCCGGGGCGGCGGGCUCGUGGUCCAUCAACAACAUGGGCCCUCGUAUUGCCAAGCGCGACUUCAACCCUGGGUUCAUGGUGGAGCAUUUUCUCAAGGACAUGGGCAUUGCGCUCAAGGAAUCCCAGGCGUAUGUGACAUCGUUGCGAUUUGCAUGUGAGCUAACCAUAUCUCAUGGAUACGUAGCAUGGGUCUGUCGUUGCCUGGGCUGGCGCUGGCCAACCAGUUGUACCUCGCCGUGCAGGCGCUGCCCAAUGGCCCGAAACUCGGCACCCAAGCGCUCAUGCUCGCGUUUGAAAAGCUCAACUCGAUCGAUCACGCUUAAAUAGUGUGGUAACAUAUCGUAACAUGAGCAUAUGUGACACAGAUAUACACUGAACAGUGUCACAUCACGGGCGUCUCUUGUCGAACGCGGCGCGCUUGGUCGAGUGCAAAGUGGAGGAACCGCGUCCACUCGAUCACGGCGGUGUCGUCCCCAAACAAUUUGGGUCCGUUCGAGUGCAAUGUGGCGACCACCGCGUCCCGAAACGGCUGAUCCCCCGCCGCCCGGACGGCCAGCCGGACGUAGUCGGCCGCGGACGUGGCGACAGUCGCGACGGCGUUGAUGUGUCGGAGGACUCCGAACGGAACUCGAGUGCGCCACAGCUGUCCCGGCAGGGUCACCGUCGGCACCCCCGCCGCCACUGCCUAUACACACGCUGCCACGUCAGAUCCUGGCCGACUGCAUGAUGCUCUUAUAAGCGUUGGCCGCAUUCUAUAUUGUCAAGUCCUACAGUGUGCACAAGUCUCGGCAGAACAACUUAGCCAAUCAUAUUGCAGUAAAUCAUCGGACCAAUAAACAACUAUGUAGUGCGUG